AUGGAAUUACCAGAUAUUGGCAAACGCUGUGUUCAUCCACAUUGUAAACAAUUAGACUUUCUUCCUCUUCAAUGCAAAUGUGGAAAAGCUUUUUGCUCUGAGCAUUUUAUUAUUCAUUCUCAAGAGUGUGAACUUUCAAAAUUCCUUAGUGAUGAAGAAUUGAAGACAAUAGAUAGUGUAUAUGUAUGUUCCAAUCUUGAUUGCAAAGAAAGAAGCAUUAUUCCGUUAAUAUGUGAAAAAUGUAAAAAGCAUUUUUGUGUCAAACAUAGACAUUUAACUGAAUGUGAUGAAAAGACAGAAGAAAUGUUAAAAAUAGAAAAGGAAAAAUAUGCUGCUCCUAUGAGAGUCUUCAAUGCAGCCAAAGCUGCUGUUGACAAGCAGUUGGAAUCAAAUCUGAAUGAAGCCAAAAAGAAAUCGAAAACAAGAGACUUGGCAAAUAAAGUUCAACUAAUGAAAAUAAAAAAUAAAGCCACCGGUUCUAAAUCUAUACCAACAGCAGAUCGUCUAUACUUCAAUAUCACCUAUGCAGAAAAAACUACACCUGUAUUUGUUUCCAGUCAAUGGAGUCUUGGAAGGGUCAUUGAUGCUAUAUCACAGGAAAUGAGGCUUCAAAAUAAUAACCAUAAAGCUACAGAGAAGAAAUUGAAGUUGUUCAAAAAGAAUGAUCAUACAGUAAUUUCAAAUAAUUUUUCAAUUAGUUUAAAGAGUCUUUUGGAAGAUAACAUUAUCAUUGAUGGAGACAGUCUAGUUAUUGAAUAUGUGGAUAAUAGUGAUAACAUUUAA